UGGCUACGUUGGUCACACUUCGAGUAUUUGUACAACACUUACUUUUAGCCACCUUUUAAGCAGCUGCGGCCAACCAGCAACUAAAACUUUGCAAAAUGUUUAAAAAAUUCGAGGAAAAGGACAGCAUCUCGUCGAUUCAGCAGCUAAAGUCAUCCGUACAGAAAGGCAUACGUGCCAAGCUGCUGGACGCAUAUCCCAAAUUGGAGACACACAUCGAUUUAAUACUCCCCAAAAAGGACUCGUAUCGCAUUGCAAAAUGCCAUGAUCAUAUUGAAUUAUUGCUAAAUGGCACCGGCGAGCAGGUGUUCUUUCGCCAUCGUGAUGGUCCCUGGAUGCCAACGCUGCGUCUAUUGCACAAGUUCCCUUAUUUUGUGACCAUGGAGCAGGUGGACAAAGGUGCCAUACGCUUUGUCCUAAGUGGCGCCAAUGUUAUGUGCCCAGGUCUCACAUCCCCGGGUGCUUGCAUGACAGCGGCGGAUAAGGGCACCGUGGUGGCCAUUAUGGCUGAGGGCAAAGAGCAUGCGCUAGCCAUUGGACUGCUCACACUAUCCACAGAAGAAAUCCAAAAAGUCAACAAAGGCAUUGGCAUCGAAACGUAUCAUUUUUUGAACGAUGGCCUGUGGAAGUCGAAGCCAGUUAAAUAACGCGAGAGCACCAGGCCUGGCCGCCGAGGGAGGGAGGUGCAGCCAUCAGCCGAAGUCCACAGCAUGCAUUCGUCCUAACGUAGCCUACGUCGUUUGUCAUGAGAGCUAAGAAUGGUUUAUACUAUGUAUGCAAUUGAAAAUCGUGUAAAUUUUGUUUUCAUUAAUUUAAAAAAAGAAAAGCCAGUUAAACUAUUUUAAAU